CAGUAAGUGCGCGCGUGCAAGGGAUGAAUACUGUCAAGUUGGCAACGAACAAACGACCACAGUUACUCGCGCUUCGCGUCUAGUGUAGUUGGCAUCCAACGCACUUCAAUCUCAUUGACAUGUGCAUCCUCAUAGCCUUAUGCAGGCUCCUGAUCAAUGCACGGCGCCACUUCGGAAAACCGACACAAAUCGGCGAUCUUCGUGGCAGGGCAGUCUAUUAAGCACAAGCGACAACGUCCGGCGAGAACGCAGAUCAAGUCGGUCGGGCCGGUCUACAACAACGGUCGCGACAGCACUUCUUCGCCGCCCCGUCCGCCUACAACAACGGCAGCCGAGAGAGCCAUCUUAAGUGCAAAUCAGUUUACUGCUGGUGCUGUCAAGAUGGGGCCCACUCCAAGCUGGGCUGCGCGCGGACGCGCUGCGGUGGCGCUCAGUGCGUCCCUGUUCUUUCAGCUCCUGGUCUUGGCGGGCUGUGCAACAUUCGCAUUCUUCAUGUUUGUGACGCCCACCCGCUGGUACCUCGUCCGCGAAGCCGAGUUCAUAGCCUGGCGCAACUCCCUCAUCCUGCCCUACACCUUCAUCAACGGCACCACCGGCCGCACCACCCCUCUGCUGAGUGGGACCAUAAGCUGGCUGGUUAUCUGGCAAUGGACCACAACCCUGGCGGCGGCGCUGGGUGCCGCGGGCCUGUUGUGGGUGGCCUCCCUCAACUCCGCCUCUUCCCCCACUCCCAAUAAGAGUUCGUCUUCCAAGCGCCCGCAGGCAUGCUGGUCCCUGGGACGCGCAAUUAAAAGGGCCCUCACCCGUGCCCGUCGCGUGCUGCACCACCCGCUGCCUCCCCGUGGCAUGUGGCGCACGCUGUUUGGCCCCGGGGGCCUGAGCGUCCUGGACAUGUUCUUGAUCCUGUUCUGGUUUGCGAUCCACGCCAUGUGGAUGUACGAGAUGACCAUGCGUGUCUUGGACAACCGCCGUGCCAACCCGCCGCCGCCCCGACCCCGCAGCCCUCCUCCAGCCUCCGCCGCCCGGCCACUUCCCGCCGCAUCCACCAGCUCCUCCACCAACGCCUCCGCCUCCAGCGGCACCGCGUCCUCUCCCAGGCCCGCCGCCCGUCUCCUGCUAGGCGCCACCCACAGCCGCACCCUCCUCCAGUCCCAGUCCCAGUCCCAGUCCGCCUACCCGCCGCCGCCCAAGUCCGCCAACAGCACCAAGGCCGCCGCGCCCCCGCCGCCAACCGUGCGGAGGCUGAAGCCCCUGCCCGAAGUCGUACAGGACAGUGUCGCCAAGUACUCUGGCUGGGUGGGCCGCCUGGACCUGCUGCUGCUGUUCUUCCCUCUGCCGCGCUGCAACUUCCUGCACUGGCUGCUGGGGAGCGACUUCCCCACCUUGGUCAAGUACCACAGGUGGUUGGGCCACGGCACGAUGCUGAUCAACUCCAUCCACGGCAUCGUAUACAUGGGCAUGUGGGCCAACGCCGGCACCCUGACGACCAUGCUGAAUUGGGGCAUGGGCGCCGGCGUCAAUCGUCUUGCUGGCCUCAUCUCGCUGUGCGGCGGCUGGCUCCUUUGGAUCACCUGCAUCCCCAUCAUUCGCAGGCGCUUCUUCAACGUUUUCUACAUCAGCCACAUCCUCGGCGCGAUCAUAUUUCUUCUGUUCGGCUUCAUGCACCGCAAGGACGUGGCCACCUGGGUCAUGCCGGGCAUCUUCCUGUACCUUCUCGAUGUGGUGCUGCGGACCAUCCAGCAGUGCUUCAACGCGACGCGCGUGUCUCUCGUUGCAUCUCCUGCCGACACUCCUGCAAGCAUCAAGCGCGCCGUCAUGUCCAUGCCCCAGGGCGGCAGCGGCGGUGUGGCUGCGAGCCUGUCCCGUGACGGCGGCGUGCUGACCCUCACCAUCCCCUGCGACCAGUCCAUGACCUGGUGUGGCGGCGACAUCGUGUUCCUGAACCUGCCCUGUGUCAGCUGGUGGCAGUGGCACCCCUUCACCAUCGCCAACACCUCCGCUACCUUUGACCACCCCGCCGCCGCCACACCCUCGCCCGGCGCCGAGCCCCACUUCGCCAAGGACUCCAGCAUGUCCUCCACCAGCGCCUCAUCGGGUGCCGCGGCUGCCGCCGCCUCCGGUGCACGUGUGCGCUACAUGCAGGUGCACAUCAAGAAGUACAAUGCCUGGACCCGGAGCCUCAUCAAACAGCUGGAAGCUUCCGGCGGCGCCUCCUCCCUGGCCCUGUACGUCAGCGGCCCCUACCAUCCGCCCACCCUCACCGGCUCCAACAGCUACAGCCGCCGCCUGGUGAACGGCUUCCGGCGCCACGUCUUCAUUGCGGGCGGCAUUGGGGUCACACCCGCCCUGGGAAUGAUCCAGGAGCUGAUUGCCGCACGCCGCAACACCAACACCAACAACAACACCAACAACACCAACACCGGCACCAAUGACGACAAGGCCCACGGCCGCGUGACGUUCGUGUGGGUGAGCCGCAGCGCUGACGAGCUGGAGGCGGUGCUACCGGCCGAGGUGCUGGAGGAGGCCAACCGGGGCAAGGACGGUUGGCUUGACAUGCAGCUCUACAUCACCGGCAGUAGCAACAACAGCAACAGCAAGGCCGCCGCCGCCUCGGCAAUCACGGUGGACGUUGCCGCGGACGCAAACACCGCCGCCGGAGCCGCCGACGCCUCGGCUGCUGCCGCUGCCGAGGCCAAGCUCGCCAGCCUCACCCCGGCGUUCUCUCGCUCCUAUGCGACCUUCAGCCACGCUCUGUCAGGCCUCAGCGGCCUUCGCCGCAGUGGCAGCAACAGCAGCAGCGGCGACAUUGGCAGUGGCCUGGCCGGCGGCUUCUUUGGCUUUCGCUCCGUGUGGGACCCGGUGGCCGCGGUUGUCUUCCUGCCCGGAUACCUGCUGGUGCUUGCGGCCGGUGCCGUGCGGUGGGCGGCGUUUGGAGCCGUCAAGGCCAGGCCUCUGGCUCACCCCUACAUCGCGGGUGGGCCGCUGAUGUGGGCGGUGGCUGUGGUGCUGUGCUUCGCGGGCGGCUUCGGCGGACUCAUCACCGCACAGUCGUACGACGGUUACGCCGCCCGUACGGUGGCGGUGCGGUCGGACUACUCGUAUGUGGGCAUGCUGCAGUUUGCGGCGCUGGGUGUGGGCGCGGUGCUGGGACCCGCGCUGCUGGCCCUGGUGAUGCACGCCAUGUGCAGGCUUCUCAGCCUGAAGAGGCGCACCGCCAACGUAACCGAAAUGGAGUCACAGCCUUCCGCCUCAGGCUCCGACGCCUCGCCCGCUGACUGCCGCAUCGGCGUCACGGUCACAGCUGGCACCAACGCCGCCACCGGUGCUGCCUCCAAGGCUCUGGCCGCGCCGCCGCCGGCUCACGUGCCCACCGCCGCCGCCUACAUCAGCACCGGACGCCCCGACCUCAAGACCAUCCUCACGCACGCCGCCGCGCCCUACGCCCCGGACGGUGAGGCGGUUGAGGAUGACCAGGCCGCUGCUGUGGGCGUUUUCGUGGCCGGGCCGGCCCCUCUGGUGGCGGCUGUGGCGGACACGUGCGCUGCUGUGAACGGUGUGUGGGCUGCGCUGUUUGGCGGCUGCUGCGGUGGCGGUGUGGGUGGCCGUGCUUACCUGGAGCUGCACGCGCUGACGCAUGAGCUGUAGAGUGCAUGCGGGUACAUGACGUAGGCUGGGUGCUGGCGGAGUGGUGGUGGAGCGUGCUGGAGCACUCACUUUGCGGGCAAUCAGUGACGAACGGUGACGGUGCGUGGUGGCGAUGGUGAUGGGUGCUAUAUAUAAGUAAGGCGAGCGGCUGUUUAUUUAUCGCACUGCUGCCGUCGGACGGAGCGAGGAGGCAACAGGUUGUGGCCCAUAGAAGUCAUGAGUGUGCGCACCAGCAGUGAAGCCUUCCAUUUAGCGCAACCUUGCUUGCUUGCAUGCUAUCUACACAUACACAUGCUUGGCGGCGGUUAGGUACAGUGUCCCGUCCCUACCUCCGUUGUGGGCACUGUGCGUGUUUGCUGCUGGUGUUUUGGGCGUGAAAAGCGAGUGCGUGGGAAUACAUGGGGCAUGCAGUGGCCAGACCAAGUGCCAGGCCCCAUGCCCCGAAACCUCCCUCGCGGGGACAAGCGAUCCCCUCACGGAACCCUAAAACCUGGUUGUUUAGGGGUUAAACCCCCUCCCUGUAAUACCAAAGUGCU